AUGCGAUUCUUCUACACUGGAGUACUGGCUAUCGUUUUCAUGGUCGUUGAGAACUAUCGCGAAGAAAGGGGCGUCGCUGGAACGGUAUCCAGUCUGGUUAAAUCGAGUGCGUCCAAAGUCAUCGAAUCCGCGGCUUUGAAAGCUUAUUUGGCCGCGAACAAAGAUGGGAUAUAUGUUCUGAACAAGCUGAAACUCGGUAACGACGUCCUGGAAGUUUUGGAAAGCCCCAAGCUGAGUAAGUUAUCCAAGUACAUUUCAGCUUACAAUUUGAAGCACCCGGACGAACAAAUCUCGUUAGUUGGAGUUCUCUCGACUCGCUACGGAGACGAUGCUGUGGCAAAAGCCCUCGUAACUGCAAAGGGGCGCACCAACACGGCUGAAUUGGCGGCGAGUUUACAAAGACAGCAGUUGAACGGUUGGCUGGACAACCAGAAGUCCAUUGAAUAUGUCAUGGGAAAACUGAAGAUUGGUGACGACUGGACCCUAACUAUGUCGAGUCGGAGCUUGGACGCGUUGGACAAAUAUAUCAGGCUGUUCAACGUUCGAUACCCACUAGCUAAAACCGAUAUCACGACGGAACUUGCGAAACGCUUCGGUGGCGAAGCCAAAUUCUCCCGUUUGGUUGCAAUUGCUUUGCAAAGGCCACAGUCACGACGAAUGUACGCCAAUGCUGAAAAAAUCCAAAACGCUCUGUUUAAGCAAUGGAAGGAUCGCGGUUUAGAUCCCAUGAGUGUUCUUGUUCAAGUAUUUAAGGUGGACGAGAAAGAUGUGGCUUCUGCCGGUUCUGCGUUGAAGAAUGUUGUCGAGCGUUACAAGAGAGAGGUCUAUCGUGGCCCCGUCGAAGGUAGUUUUGUAACUCCUCGUCGUUCGUAG